AUGACAUUUUCCACCGGCUGUCGUCUCUACCCUAAAGCCAUCGCCCGGUCAUUCCUCCUCUCCUGCACGAUCAUCAUGGAAGGCUACGACACCACGCUGAUAAACGGCUUUUACGCCUUCCGGGCCUUUCGAGCGGCUUAUGGAUCUGCAGUUCACGGGCCAGACUCGGCUACGACGGUCACAUACCAGAUUAACCCGAGAUGGCAAGCAGCUUUGACAAAUUCUGGCGAGAUCGUGGGUCUCUUCCUCAACGGCCUUUGGACCGAUCGAUUUGGUCAUCGAUGGACGAUGAUAGGGACGCUGAUCCUCAUGCUGUUAUUUGUGUUUCCCGCGUUCUUUGCCGUGAACAUCGAAAUGAUAUUGUUAUUGGGAGUGGCUGUGAUGCGAGGGCUGGUCAACAAUGCAUCCCAGUGGUCAUAUCGAAUCCCGUUCGGCCUUCAAUGGUUGUUUGCCGCUGUGAUCCUGUCUGGCGUUAUUUUUGCUCCUGAGAGCCCAUGGUGGCUUGUAAGACAUGGAAAAUUGCGCCAAGCGAAACGAUCCUUGUUGCGUCUUGUCACCAUGAGACUUAACGGCUUCACGGUUGACGGGAUUCUUGCCAUGAUGAAACAGACGAAUGAUAUCGGAAAGUUAUCUCCACGGCGAGACCGCCUCCAUCCUGGACUGUUUCAAGGGGACCAACCUCCGCCGAACGGAGAUCUGCUGCAUGGUCUAUUGCGCACAGGCGAUGAGCGGUUCAACACUAACUGGGAGGAGUUAUCGUGGUUCCUGCUCCCCAGAAUCGGAAGACGAAGGCUAUAUCUGACGGGGUCAGUUGUUUCGUUCUGUAUCCUUGUCUCGGCCGGAAUCGUUGGAACGCUCAGGCCAUCGACAUCCACAUCGUGGGCAACAGCCAGUCUCCUCAUCCUUCUGACCUUUGUGUACGACAUGACCCUCGGACCGGUUUGCUACGUCCUAGUAGCCGAGGUGCCUUCUACCUGCCUCCGGGUCAAGUCAGUUGUCCUUGCGCGUGCGGCGUAUAACGCCAUCAGUAUCGCAAUGAACAAUGGCACGUCGCAUAUGCUCAACCCAGCGGCGCUGAACUCGCGGGGCAAGACGUGCUUUUUCUAUGCCGUGACGACUGCUUUGAGUUUUGCGUGGUGUUACAUCCGACUACCGGAGCCCAAGGGUCCCACUUACCUGGAGCUCGACAUACUGUGUGAAAAGAAGGCCCGUGCAACAAGGUUCAAAGAGUUUCAAGCAGUUCUGGAAAGCUCUGGUUACUUCUCUCUCGCAAGGGGCGGAUCUUUUGAAAAUAGCUGGCGUGGAUACUGA